AUGCCCCUGGCCAUACCUCCUCUCUCCCUCUCCUAUCCUUGUUACCCCUCCUCCUGCCAUCCUCUACCCCUUUCGUACCUCCUCCUACCGUGUCCCCUCCUCCCUUCAGGUGGGUACAGCAGCGGCAUCAGCGCGUGCGGAGCUGAUGACAUUGCCGGUGUACCAGGCGGUGGUGGGGGGUUGCCUGGUGGCGAAGAACAUUGGGGUAUGCCAUGUGCCGUGCUGCGCGAUAUUGGGUGGUGCACCGUGGUGGGGCGUGGUUGGAGAAGCGUGGUGGGGCAUGGUGGGGCGGUAUGUGCUACGCUGGGGCAUAGAGCAGUAGUGGAGCAAGGGCCCGACAGCAUCAAUGCAGGGGCACAUGUUUAUAGUAGACUUUGCUUGCUGUGCCGUCAUUCAACCAUUGCCCUCUCCUCCCCUCUCUUCCCCUCUCCUCCCUCUCUACAGGGAUGGCAGGGCCCGACAGCGUCGGUGCAGGGGCACAUGUUUAUAGUAGACUUUGCUUGCUGUGCCGCCAUUCAACCAUUGCCCUCUCCUCCCCUCUCUUCCCCUCUCCCCGCCUCUCCUCCCUCUCUACAGGGAUGGCAGGGCCCGACCACUAGUUGA